GUCAUCUACCUCCGUUGAGAUUAAUGUUUUUAAUACGAUUACUUUGAAAUCCAGUCCCCUCUUGGAUUACGAGGCUGAGAACAACUCAUUGCUGCCACGGACCACGUGACUCCCAUCGACCAAUCACAGCGGGCCUUAUCACGUGACCGAUCUACUCGCUCACCGCCGCUCGCCAACAUCUCGACCCGCACUCUAAGCAGUUUACAGUUUGAGUUUGACUAUGCCCCAUUAAUUUUGUGACGAUGGCCAUAGCACACGACCCCUACGAGGUAGCGCCCCCUGUGGAGCACGGCUGGGCCACUACCGCCCUCCACUCUAUGCUCUCCAAGGAAGCCAGCUCAGAGGAACUGAAGUCAGUGUGGACCACGGCAGCACUGGUAUUGAAGGGGUACGACGCCGUGCCCGUGGAACUGAAGAUCCUGCUAGACCGCCUGUUUGCAACCUACCACGACAGCAUCAGAUUGGAGAGACGACACAGGCUAGCGUAUUUGGGGUGGAGUGAGGAGGAGUACGAGCGAGGCUACAAGAUAGUGGACAAUACAGGACGGGAGUUAUCCAGGUGGAGCAGAUGGAGGGACCCCACAGAGACUAUCAGGACAUUUGUCAAGUACCCCUGCACUCAGGAGAUAGCUCUCAACAUGUUGGAUGAGUUAGAGAGACGCGAUGAGGAGGAGUCACUCAUUGACUACGGCUCAAACAGGAAAAGAGCCCGAAAGAAGCAAAGUAGAACAGUGCCCUGUCCAGAGGUUGGAUGUACCAGGAUGUGCAGGAGCCAAGCUGAGCUCGCCAUACAUCGCAACUCUCACACCAAGGAGCGACCAUUUAAGUGCCCCUGGAACUCAUGCAUUAGCGCAUUCGGAGAUAAGUCAACGAUGAAAAGUCAUUACUCCGCAAUUCACUUGAAGGACCUGAAGUUCAAAUGCAAGGUACCGGGGUGCAACAAGGCGUUUGGAACAGCUCGGAGCCGGAACAGACACAGUGAGAACAUCAAGCUACAUCAGCAGUUGUUUGCUCAGAGUUAUCCUACUUCUCAGAUACCGCUUCACUUUAACUCACCUCCGCCUCCGCCGUUCAGUUGUUACGAGAGUUCUUUCUUGCCCAACUACGGAGGAUUCGGACCCUACAGUUCAGGGCUACCCAGCACUAUGGGACCAGUAGACUGCAAACCAACAGCAGGCAUCCCCCCUCACUCAGCAGCUCUGCUUUACUCUGACUGUAAACCUCCCGGACCUUACAGCCCCGUACACCCUGGUGUACCCCCUCACUGUGUGUGACGUCAUGUCAUGUGACUUAUGACGUCAUGACACGUGACCUGGUCACGUGUCACGACGGACACUCAUGAACUUGGUAGACAGGGCCGCUAUAUCACACCAUCUGACACAGAGCCAUGACAUGUAAACUAACCCCGGAAAUAGGGGCCUUGCCUGGAAUGAUGUUGCCCGCCACAGCUAGCAGUAGUCCUGAAGACGUGAUUCUGAGGCCACAGCUAGCAGUAGUUGGGUCCUGAAGACGUGAUUCUGAGGCCCCGGAGACGGUGAAGUCAGAAUCACUGAUAAGCACGUGUUCCAUUGUACAGAGGAUUAAUAUUCAAUAACCCGACUUAAAAGUGUACCUUGACUCGUAGUUUCUCUAUUUGUGGACCCUGGAUUUUUAUACCCUGA